AUGUCCGGUCUCCCGUCAGGCUGGGAAUCCGACUACAACGGGAGCCGCUGGUUCUAUCGCUACAAACCCACGGGCCAGAUCCAGUUUCACUUUCCCCAAGAUGGCGACGAGUUUCCCGACUUUGUCGACGCCUACGCGCCCGCACCCGACCUGGCACCGGAGGAGAAGCUCGAGAGCCAGCAGCAGGUCAAACGGAAGACGGAGCCCCCCGAGAAUAACGAAAAGGGACCCGGAAAGUCGUUGAUGCGCGCGACGGCUGGACCAUCGGGUGGAGGCUUAGUCUCUGGGACCAAGCCCUCUCGGGAUGGUGCGGGGAAGCAACAACUGAGUCCUACCGAUGAUGACGACAACGGCGGCGAGUUCUACUACCAACCCGAGAGCUUCAUGUUUCUUGGGCCUGGUGCGUACAGUGACGUGAGCCCGCUGGGCGAAGAAGAUGACCGAGUGGACGCUGGUGCAAAACCUCCUGAGAAGGGGAAGCGCAAUGAGGACGAAAUUGCAAAGGUCAAGUCAGAGGACAGCCAACCAUCCCGUUUGAGCUCCAAGGUAUCACCCAUACAAAGCGAAUCUACCACACCGCUCGUGGUCCACAGCACCCCGUUUGCUGGCGAUUUAACAGCGGCCAAGCCGAGCAUUGAGACGACACCGCCUGCUGCUGUUGCCGAGCCUCUGUCGGCCGCAUCACCAACAGUUCCGUUGCUAGAUUCCCGCGAAAUGCCGCAUGAGCUACCCGCAAGCUCCCCAUGGAGCCCAGUCGGGGUGGUGGCUGAAAUGCCUACCGAACAUACAGCACAGGCGCGUAUUGAGACUCAUCCCGACCCAGUGGAGAUAGGGGACAGUGCUGUUCUCGCGCCCAUAGAAACACACAUGGAUGUGGGGAUUGCUGAACUUCCUGAACAUACCACGCCCACCGACAGGAAGCCAUAUCACCCAUACGCGCCUCCAGUGGCCGCUAGUACUGCCGAGCGCCCCCAUCUUGAGCAGAGAACACCCAGCUCCCAAAGCCAAGAUCGCCGUGUCUCUUUGAUUCGCGAAGGAUCGCUGAUGUUAGGGCCACGCGAGCCGGCAAGGGUCCAGUCCGAAAAUGUACCAACUGUGCUCCAGCCUCCGCAGCUACCUCCAAAAGUUGAGGAGCAGCCUCGAUCACACCCCUCACAAGCCCCUGUUGGCAGCAACACUGUGCCUCAUCACAUCGCAUUUGCCGCCCGCGAGCAGACGCGAGCCCAGACGAACGAGAGUGGAGCAUCAUCGGAAAGAGCUGCCGCAAUCUCAUUGAGCCAUGUGCCCUCCGUGUUGAAACCCGCGCGAGGCAAGAUGGUAGAGCGGAGCAGCACUGAAAACCAACGAGGUCAUACGGACAACCCACCGCGUAUUGGUCAAAUCCACCAUACGACGACAAUGGACGUUGAUCCGCAACCAGCUUUGGGGCCACGGCCAUGGGUUCAGAGAGUGAGCACGGCGCCUCCUGGUCAGCAACUACAGUCACCACCUUCAUCUAGCACUUCCUGCACAAAUGACUUUAGCACACCAUCCCCGCAGCCUCCAAGGUCCUACGAACCGUCACAAAGUCGCAACUGGUCCUCCGAGUCGCUGGCGUACCAACGCCAAGUGGUCUCGUCACCCCAAGGAAGGCUACCGCGACAGCAAUCAUUCGCGUCCAGCGACGUCUCAUCCCUCGGACCAUCAUCCAGUCGCCAAUCAUCGAUAAGCAACCUUCAGACACCAUCCCCCCCUGACAGCCUUCAGCGCCGGUCAUCCAACAUAUCAGGAUUUUUCUCCGACGUGAAUUUAGGGGAGGAACGCUCCAUGAAACCAACCUCAGCAUUAAGUGGCGUGGCGAUGGAGCCCUUUCCAUCCUACGCGCCCCUUGUACGGGAGCCUGUCACGCGGCCUGCUUCUUUCGCCGGAUCAUCAUCUUCCCCCACCCACAUUCCUCAGAAUUCGUCCGAUGGUACCGCACCAAAACCUCCGAAGAUUCCGCUCAAGAUUCCCUUGGAGCAUAAGACCGAUCAAGUUAACACCGUGCUUUCCUCCUCAGCAGCACAAACUAGCGGCAAUGCGAAUGUACAAUGGCCCGUAGGACAACAGCUACCAAACGCAAGUGCAUCUCUUCAGAGACGGCCGAAUGAUCCGCAACGCCAAGGAACAACUCGUCGCCACUCUAUGCCACAAGAGCAGACGUCACCUCCCCAGCAGCAUCUAGAUCUCUCUUACAGUUCCCAUGGAGUUGUUGGUGAAGGCGCUCUCUCACAUCCUCUUGGCAACCCUCAAGAUCAGAAUCCGCCAUCUGCCCCAUUUCACUGGACCAUUCCUGGCUUGGGAUCUAGGUCAAACUCUCAGCCUUCCACACACGACAGUGGUAUUCGGCAAGGGGGCUCCUUUGCUCCUGAGAUAACCUCGAUGGAGCCCACGCGACCAUCUGAACGACCCCAACGACCCCUAGCGGGCACAAACGCGCAGCAGCCAUCGCGUUCGAACGCGUCGAUAUCGGUGUCAACUCCGGGACACGCUCUUCUUCCAAUCCAGGAGCAACCAGAGAGCGAUCAGGGCCGCUCGUCUUCCCAACCCGUGAUACCUAUAUCUAGGCAACUGCCCGUUCCCCUACCACUGCCUGGCCAAUUUGACAGAGCUGCGACUACUCUUCCGGUACUGCAACAACCUCCGCCUCAAGUUCGCCCAGUCACUACAGCAGAUUAUGGACGUCAGACCGCAACUGUACUGUCGGCUCCGAAGCCAGGGAUGCAGUCGCAAGGAACAUUGCCAAAAGUGGGAAGUCAGCAGUAUGUGAUGAUGGAACCACCCCCUCCUCUCCAGCACCAUCAAAGAUCUUACUCGAGUCCUCUAGGGGUUGUUGGGCCCGCAAUGGACAAAGAAAAGGAGAAGGAAAAGGGCGGCUGGUUCUCCAAGUUUAAGAAGGGCUCGCAAAAGUCUGCCGUUCUUCAGAAGCAGCCAUAUCCCGCUGCACAGAUGCAACACCUUCAGUUUGCUCCCCAGCAGGCACAGCAGCAGCCUCUGCAAUCGCAACGCCGCUCCGAGGAAAUGUUGCCCCAGCAUCACCAGAAGAUGCCGUUUAAUGCACAAGCCAUUGGGCAGACUCCCCACAGCCAGCAAAGCGCCGUGCGGUCACAGCCAGGUCCCAUUCGGGGCGUCGACGCGCAUACGGCCGGCUUGCCCGCCUUAACUCAAAUGCGAGUUCCUGAUCCGCAGGGCCUCUUGGUUCGAUCAUCUUCAGACACCAUCAGAGAGUCAUCGGUUGUCCCUCCCACAUCUCUAAAAACAGAGGCGGCGUAUCCACAAGCGCUUGCUGCUGCUGAAUCGGAUCUGUCACGCACCUCGUCGCACUCCUACGCUCCCUUACUGGAUCGACAAGCGUCGGUAGCAUCGAGCUACGCGGCUUCGAUCUCGACGGUGGAUAUCGCCGAGGCCUAUGCGCAGCCCAUCAUGAAGCCGCAGCUCAUCACCGUGCAGAGAGCGACGACGGCGCCCUUACAACAGUCUCCACAACAACAACAACAACCAAGGGCAAAUGCUGGGCCGAGUCUGGUGUGGUCAGAGGAGUCCCAAGGGUACUUCCCGGCACAGCAAGUGCGGCAAGAGAUCUCACAGCCGCAGGUUGCCCAGCAGCCGGCUGCGGCGGGACAGUUGGCUCCCUCGCCGCACAUCGCAUCGAAUCAUCAACACGUUGGGGUACCAGGAUCGUCUACACAGCCGCCACCACCACAAAGGGGCAAUAGCAAAUGGACGAAGCGACCUGCUGCAGAUUACUCAGGCGGAGAUUGGGGGGACGAUACGUGGAAAUGA